CGGCGUGCACGCGAUCGUCGCCGUGUCGUCGUCUUCGCGGUGUACCGCUGCUUCAGUUCGACCAACGACCGAGAUAGAUAUCGCGAGUUGCCUCGCAUCGCGGCGAAAUGUCCAGCGCCAAGGUCAUAGAGAACCCAGAAGUGCCGGGACUCGAAUGUUUUCUGCCGCCACCGCCGCCGCCGCCGCCGCCACCGCCACCGCCACCACCGCCGCCGCCGCCGUCGUCUUUGAACAAAUCGUCGAGCAACAACAGCAGCAUCGUGCCCGCAAAGACGCAGCAGCAGCAGCAGCAACAACGAUCAGCGACAACGAGCGACAAUAUAAUGGCCGCAGGAACGGCAAUACCGCCACCAUCUACACCGGACACGAUUCCACCAAACCUGGCCACUACGUAUCCAAAUGUGCCCGUACCAACCCCCUACAUUUCUGCGUUUCCGUCGGUGCAGCCGCAAACCCCCAGGCAACCGGCAGCUACUCCCUGGUGGAUACCCACUGACAACGACACGGCGGAUCUUUACUCUCCUUGGUACGAUACGGCGUAUAAGGGCGCCAGCGCGACGAUACCUCCCCCUGUGGCCGCGCAGACUAUGACAAAGAACAAGAACAAAUAUUACAAACGCAAGAACGAAUUUAUUGACCCCGCACAGGACGCAGAAAAAGUGGCGAGCGCUCAAAGGGAGCUAUCAGCGCUGAUGAAACCGCUCAAGUGUGAUCUGUGCAAUGCAGUCAUGAACUCGACGCUGCAGGCGAAACUGCACUAUGACGGCAAGCCGCAUCAGAAGAAAGUGUCGAUGUUCCUGAAUCAAAGCGUUAAGAAGCAGAAGACGGAAGAUGGAAGCCAAGUGAGCAGCACGACCAAUAACGACUGGCAAAACUACUGUGAUAUAUGCAAAACGUGGUUCACGUCACAGACGGACGCCACGCAGCACUACGCAGGCAAAAAGCACAUUAGAGCGGCGAACGGCGGGCCUCGCAGGCCGACGAAGAAGCCACAGAAUCAGUACAAUCAGAUCGACUCGACUGGACGCUUCGGGAUUGGAGUGGCUUUUCAGCAACCAGACGUGCAGUCCGCACCGACGGUAACACCUGUGAUACCUGAUGGUACAACGCCCGUACCGAAUACAGUCGCGCCAGCGAUGUAUACGUCGCCGCCGUAUCCCACGCCGUUGCGUUGCGAUCUGUGCGGAGUCUCUGCCAAUCGUCAAGAUCAGCUGGAAACGCACAAGCGCGGAGCCCGACACUUGAGGAUGCUCCGGCUUAAUGGGCUUCCAGUACCCGAGCUCGCCGCCGAAAACGAGAACACAUCCAAUGUCGCUGAACCCAUAGAUUACUCUAUUUAUCGGACCCCAUCCGGGCAGUAUUAUUGCGCGCCGUGUAAUCUGUCAUUGAACUCGGAGACCACGUUCGCUCAGCACGUCGAGAGCAAGAAACACAAAAAUCAGUCUAAUCCGAAGUUACCAAAUGCCGUGAUAGUCGCGAAGAAAGUCAGGUUCAAGAAAAAAUAAAACCGCGACUACGCCAUUACGCUCUGUGCAACAAGCGCCACAGCAUUCCGGUUGUUUUCUUUCAUUUUUGUUGUCCGCCUCGUCCACUUCUUCUUUAGUUCAUGAUUUCGCGUGCGCCUUUGAUUUCCGCGCUUUGAUACGCUUCACCACGUGCGAAUGCACGAAAGUGAGUGAGUUCAAUGAUCGUCGUGCGUCAACAAGUGUAAUAAACCCUGUUGCGCUCGAAACACUUGGAAUAAUUUCGAGACUCGCAUAGCCGCGUUCUUCGCGUGCAUUUUUCUUUUUUUUUCGAUAAGCCAAUAAGUUUAUCAGACCGUAAGUGAAUAUCAUGGACUAAUGCAAUGACGGAUCGAGCGUCGCACGACUGAUGGAAAAUGUAAGCAUGUUAGCACGCGGCGGCAUUUAAAUUAAAUACCGAUUAACUCUAGAUUAAAUUCACGCCAAGUCGAGCGAUCAUCCAGACGAUGGCUCCAGCUCGUUAAAGCGCGUCCCGACGGUAUCACGACUAAUCAGCGACAUUUAUUCAAUUACGCGAGAUCAUUAGCUCGAGUCUGCGAGCUCGCGAGGGAGAGGAUAAGGGGAAGGAAGAGAGAUACAGAGAGAGAGAGAGAGAGAACGAUUUGCGAAAUCCCGGUGCGAGAGUCUGUGACUGUUUGCUACGUAAAAUUUAUGCGUCGUUCAGUUCAUUCGACCUUCCGUCGUGGUUUAUGAUCGGGCGAAUGAGCCGCGCCGAGAGAAAGAGAGAGAGAGAGAGAGAGAGCGCCCUCUGCUAUUAAUUACCGUCGUAAUACAAUAUGACGGGUCAACGUUCCCAGUUUCUUGAUUUAACCGUCACCUGUCACGACUGUGAUUUAAGUAUAUCUCCCGUGCAGGCGAAUAAAAAUGCCGGUAUAAAACGUGAAUCAACGGUGAAGUACCUGGAGAGGCAGCGGCGUUUAUGAUAUCCAAAAAUGGCAGGAAGAAGAAGCGAACGGCGUCCUUCGAAUUCGAAUGGCCAGACGUUCCUCGAUGUGCGGUUCUAGGCAGGUCCUCGAUCACUCGACGACAGAAUCGCCGAGAUUGUGCGUGAUCUUCGGACGAACGCGAAUUCUCAAGACGAGCUGGAAGAAACCAGAGAAAGACGUUGGAGAAGACGUGAACUUGUUGCGAAUUCUUGAUGGAGGUCUCUUCCUUCAUUCUUUCCCUCCUUCCUUCCUUUCUUCUUUCGACGCUUUCUCCGGGCUUGGUGCCAGGUUCGCGAAGCACCCUGACGCGUUUCUAAUGGAUCUCGGCUGCGAAUCCGACGAUCUCCGGCUGUUCUUUUUUUCAUGAUGACAACCUUCCAUAAGGUCUCGGCCAACGCUGCAGUGCGCGACCGGAGAUUAGGAUCGUUCUCUCUCGCGCGGACUUGUAGAUCGUAGCUUUGUACCUGCGCUUUGGAUUUUUAUGACCCGCCCGUUUCACAUGUAACGUGUCCAUCUCGUUUUAUUUCCCGAUCCGCCGUCCCAUAGCGCUUCACGCCCGCCGCCGAUGUCCUAUUUCCAUCUCACUGUCUCUCCCACGAGUCUGUCAAACGUGCCAAGACAUUGUUUCCCGGCUUUUAUUGCCCGGGAGGAGGACGUAGUCGCUUUGUACCGUACUUUGUCGUACAAACGGAAUUCGUGAGAGAAGCACCGCCCCGUUCGCCACGACAACGACUCUUACUCGUGACUCCGAACUCUCCAUAAAUGAUGAAACGCGAAUUCGAUCCGUCGAAAUGUCCGACGACGGCGGCGGCGAGGCAGAAAAAGGGAAGUUGCGCGCGACGCGCAAUAUUCCAGUAAACACCAAGUAACAGUAACGUCAAUGUUACAAUUUUUCACUUUGCGAUGUAAGAGUGUUAUGACACGUGUCAUAUUGUGUGAAAAGAGAAGCUCGUUGCGAUGACAGCAAGAAGCCGUGUGUGGUACACUAAGAAACACUUAAAAAUUUAUUUGUAAAAGAUAUAAAGUUUAUUUCUGCGCGAAAUAAAAUUUACUUCUGCAAAGCAAAAUUUCUUUUCGUGGAAGAAACGUUUAACUCACAGAUAAAUUUUUAAAGUAUUCUUCCUCAGUGCGGUUAAGUCUCAUAACAUAUAUUAAGAGAAAAAAAUACUUGUACAUUUAUUUGUGAGAUGUAAAGUCUAUAUAUUCUCGCGGAAUAUAAGAAUUAUUUUUGUGUGAAUAAAUCUACAGAUAUAUA